AUGAUGGAUGAGGUAUAUAAACAUGUAUCGCAAUUAACCAUCCGAAUCAGAGUCGAUGAAGAACUAACAGCAGUUAAUGACAAGCUUGCACUUCUUCCAGAGUCUUGGGUUGACCUCGAGGGACUCGAGAAAAGAGUAGCAGAAAAGUUAACUUUCAAGCUUUAG